AUGACGAGGAGUGCAAUGGGAUUGGUUGAAGAGGGGGAGAGAUUGAUUAAGGAAGGUCACGAGUGGGAAGGCACAUCUAGAAGGGAAGAUGGUGAUCGGUCGAGAUCAUCCGAAGAGAGCGUCACGACAGUGUCGACUACAUCUCUAGUCCUCGAGAACCUGAAUUCGGUUUACGCGACUAAGGAGGCCGAAGAGCCUGUAAAAUACCGCGACAAUGAUAGUGAUCCCGAGCUGCCCAAAUUCACGGACAAAAACUAUACGGACGGGAACCGGAUGUCGAAGGGUCUGAGGAAGGCAAUAUGGGUGGUCUCUAUCAUUGCGAUUGUUGGCUGGGCAUUUGCCUUGUUCAUAUUUCUGUCGACAGCCCGGUAUAAGCAUGCUUCAACUAUGGCCUACGACCACGAAACUCCUACCAAGAGCUCGGGAAAGAAAGUAUCUCUUGAUCAAGUUCUGUCCGGCCAGUGGCAGCCAAGAUAUGCCCGCAUAGAAUGGACGGCAGGUCCUGAUGGUGAGGAUGGCUUGUUGCUCGAAGCGAACCAGCCAGACAAGCCUUUUGUCGUCGUGGAGGACAUCAGAAGCCAAACUUCGGCAUCGUCAAAUGCUGCCAAGGACAAAACGUUGGUGGAAAGUGGCUGGUUCAACGUUAAUGGCGAGCAAAUGUGGACGGACAAUUUCUGGGUGAGCCCCGAUCACAAGCAUGUUCUCCUCAUGUCGAAGAGAGAAAAGGUCUACCGACAUUCGUUCUUGGGAGUGUAUUUCAUUCUCGAUGUCGAAACGCAAGCUGUCCAGCCUUUGGACCCGGCAUACCCAGACACUAAAAUCCAACUCACUCAGUGGUCUCCCAACAGUGACUCGGUUGUGUUCACCAGGGACAACAACCUCUACCUGAGAGCGUUGUCAUCGGCAAAGGUAACGCAAAUCACAGACGACGGAGGCCCCGAGUACUUCUACGGCAUCCCAGAUUGGGCUUAUGAGGAAGAAGUCUUUGGCACCAAUACGGCGACAUGGUGGGCGCGUGACGGUCAGUACGUGGCGUUUUUGCGUACAAACGAGACAAUGGUUCCAGAGUAUCCCGUCCAGUAUUUUUUGUCGAGACCCAGUGGCAAAAGGCCGAUAGAAGGACUGGAGAACUAUCCGGAAGUCAAAGAAAUCAAGUACCCCAAAGCUGGCGCGCCAAACCCUGUUGUGGACAUGCUCUUCUAUGACGUUGCAAAACAACAGAUCUUUACCAUCGACAUAGAAGGAGGCUUCCCUGAUGAUGACCGAAUCAUCUUCAACAUUGUCUGGGCUGAUAAUGGAAAGGUACUGGUGUCGGAGUCAAAUCGUAUCAGUGAUCGUGUCAGGGUUGUGUUGGCCGACGUCACCAGCAGAACCGGCCAGACAGUUAGGACUGUCGAUCUCAAAGACGUCGACGGAGGUUGGUUCGAACCUACGCAGUUCACGAAGUACGUUCCGGCCGAUCUAGCAAACGGACGACCAGAGGACGGCUACGUUGAUGUCGUCAUCUCUGACUAUGGCACCCAUCUCGCAUACUUCAGCCCUCUGAACAGUUCGAGCCCAAUUAUGCUCACUCAGGGCGAUUGGGAAGUCGAUGGUGGACCUGCCGGGGUCGACCUCAAGAACAACCUAGUGUAUUUCGUCGCCGCUAAAGAAGCGCCCUCAGAACGACACGUGUAUAGUGUCAAGCUUGACGGAACAGACAUGACAUCUCUUGUCCCCUCCAACGAAACAGCGUAUUGGGCAUCCUCGUUCUCCUCGGGCGCUGGAUACGUCCUGCUAACAUACCAGGGACCCAGUAUUCCUUACCAAAAAGUCAUCUCGACGCCUGCGAACACCGAAAAUAUUGAACAAAAACUCGAAGACAACAAAGCUCUUGCCAAAAUGGCCUCGGAACACGAACUUCCGCAUCAGAUUUUCCAAAACGUUAGCAUUGAUGAUUACACGUUGUCACUCGUCGAGCGUCGUCCUCCGCACUUUGACUCUAGCAAGAAAUAUCCGGUUCUUUUCUACCUCUACGGAGGCCCUGGUUCUCAAAUGGUCAACCGCCGCUUCCAUGUCGAUUUCCAGUCCUACGUGGCCAGCUCUUUGGGAUAUAUCGUGGUGACGCUGGACGGUCGGGGGACGGGCUUCAUCGGCCGCAAAGCGCGCACCAUCGUCCGCAACGAACUAGGCAAGUACGAAGCACACGACCAGAUCGCCGCAGCGAAGAUGUGGGCCGCAAAGGACUAUGUCGACGCCUCCCGCAUGGCCAUCUGGGGCUGGUCGUACGGCGGCUUCAUGACGCUGAAAGUUCUCGAGACCGACGCCGGCGAGACGUUCAAGUACGGCAUGUCGGUCGCCCCGGUGACGGAUUGGCGCUUCUACGACAGCAUCUAUACGGAGCGGUAUAUGCGGAUGCCACAGGACAAUCCUGACGGGUACGACCGCACGGCAAUCAGCAACGUCACGGCCAUCAGCCAGAACGUCAGGUUCCUAAUCAUGCACGGCGUCGCGGAUGACAAUGUGCACAUGCAGAAUACGCUGACGCUGCUGGACAAGUUUGACCUCGCCGGGAUAGAAAACUAUGACGUCCACUUCUUCCCGGACAGUGACCAUAGUAUCUAUUUCCACAACGCGAACCAUGUUGUGUAUGAUAAGUUGAGUAAAUGGUUGAUUAGUGCUUUCAAUGGUCUCUGGUACGAGACGAAUGAUCCGAAACCGAUGGCGGAAGAAUUUCAGGAGAAAGAGUAG